AUGGAUUGUUCGGAGUCUCGAGAUUGGACAACACUUGAAUACGAUAUACUUGGUGUGAUUCUUAACAAAAUGAUGUCUCUCUAUGAUUAUCUCCAAUUUAGCCUCGUAUGUAAGUCAUGGAAUUUUGUUGCAUUACGCCACAAACACCAACGAUCUGUAAUUACUUCCGAAUUUCCUCAACUUCCCAUGCUCAUUGUUCCCUCAAUUAAAGAUGGUAUUGAAAAACAACAUUGUCUUUACGAUGUCACGAACAACAAAAUCCGAACCGCUGAUUUCAAAUUCUGCUUCAACAAAAGGUGUUGUGGUUCAUCUUUCGGUUGGUUGAUCAUGCAUGAAGAGACAUUUGAUGUUACGUUAUUCAACCCCUUUUCCGGUACUGUCAUUCGUCUUCCUCCGCUUCCUAAAGAACACGAGGAUGACGAUUAUUAUCCAUGGUACAUAUUGAAAGCUAUACUAACCAAAGAUCCAUCGUUAUAUCCAAAUGAUUAUAUGGUUGUUGCCAUCUACGGUAUAUCUACAAAACUGUGUCUCAUAGAAGCAAAAAGUAAAAUCUGGAAGAAGUAUGAUAUCCCUCCUGGUCAAGAUUACAACCCUUUCGAAGAUGUUUAUGUUUGUAACGAUACUUUAUACGCUUCGCAUUUGGACGAUGUGCAACUAAACCUUUGGAAAGUCGAAGUUGAUGAAAAUUCACCUAUUUCAUUACAAAGAGUUGCUAUCAUACUGCAACCUAGUUUAAGUACACAUGAUUUUGGCCCAAUGUUUAUUGUUGAGUCUUCUAAGAAAGAGCUUUUACUCAUUAGAAGGAUUCUUUCAGUAGAGGAUCAUGAACAACCAGACUCUGAUAUUACAACGACGUUAGUUAAGACUAUCAAGUUCGUUGCCUACAAACAUACUCAUACAUGCAAUGAUGGAACACAAAGGUUUGAAGAGGUGAAGAGUUUAGAUGAUGAUGCUGUGUUUAUUGGUGAACAAUCCAUUUGUAUUUCAACUAAGAAUUUUCCCAAGUGUUUACCAAAUUGUAUAUAUUAUACAGAUAACCGAUACUAUUCCCAUGAUCCUUUUGUAAAUGGACCUCAAGAUAUAGGGAUUUACAAUCUAGAAGAUGGAAGCUUUGGUGAACAUUACAUCCCAAAUAUUGCUCACCAGAAUUUGCCUUCACCCAUAUGGAUCGUCCCGACCAUACACUACAAAGAUUCUGAGUACUAG